CGCAGGUGGGCUGUUCUUCUUCUCAGCCGUCUGGCAGUGAGACCGGCGGGACAGACACGCAGGUGGGCUGUUCUUCUUCUCGGCCCUCCGGCAGUGAGACCGGCGGGACAGACACGCAGGUGGGCUCCCGUCCCCCUCCUCCGCUCAGCCGCCCGUCAUCUUCCUCCUCGGCUCCUCUGCCUCCCCUCCCGCGUCAGAAUGCGCUCUUUGUUCCUCCUGGCCAUCUGCGUGUUCUGCGCGUGCGCGCGCGGCGGCGGCUGCGAGCCCCGGCUGGUGAACAUAGGCGCGGUGCUGAGCCAGAAGCGCUUCGAGCAGGCGUUCCGGGACGCCGUCAGCCAGGCCAACGCCGUGUACGGCCGCGACGCCUUCAAGAUGAACGCCAUCUCCGUCACGCACAAACCCAACGCCAUCCAGAUGGCGCUGUCCGUCUGCGAGGACCUCAUCUCCAACCAGGUGUAUGCCAUUCUGGUGAGCCACCCUCCGCAGUCCAAUGACCACCUGACGCCCACGCCUGUGUCCUACACCGCCGGCUUCUACCGCAUCCCUGUCAUCGGCCUUACAACACGCAUGUCCAUCUACUCUGACAAGAGUAUCCACCUGUCUUUCCUGAGGACGGUUCCUCCGUUCUCCCACCAGGCCCAGGUGUGGUUUGAUCUGAUGAGGGAGUUCAGGUGGAAUCACAUCAUCCUGAUAGUCAGCGAUGACCAUGAAGGACGAGCAGCCCAGAAAAGACUGGAGACACUGCUGGAGGAGAGAGAGACCAAGACUAAAAACAGGAACUAUGAAAACCUCGACCAACAGUCCUAUGACUUCAGGAGAGGACCAAAGGCAGAGAAGGUGCUGCUGUUUAACCAGGACACCAACCUGACAGCUCUGCUACUGGAAGCAAAAGACCUGGAGGCCCGGGUCAUCAUCCUGUCUGCCAGUGAGGAUGAAGCAGCCUCAGUGUACAAAGCAGCACGGCAGCUCAACAUGACAGGAUCAGGUUAUGUGUGGCUGGUGGGAGAGAGAGAGAUGACUGGCAAGGCACUGAGCGAAGCCCCGGAUGGCUUGCUGGGUCUUCAGCUGAUAAACGGUAAGAAUGAGUCGGCCCACAUCGCAGACGCCGUGUCGGUUGUGGGUCAGUCACUGCAGGAGCUCUUUGAGAAGGAGAACAUCACAGAACCUCCGCGGGGCUGCGUGGGAAACACCAACAUCUGGAGAACCGGACCUCUCUUCAAAAGAGUACUGAUGUCAUCCAAGUACCCUGACGGUCUGACGGGUCGGAUCGAGUUUAAUGAUGAUGGUGAUCGACGUUUCGCCACCUACAGCAUCCUAAACUACCAGCAGAAACCUGGACGCCUGGUCCCAGUAGGGCUGUUCAACGGCUCGCAGGUGGUGAUGAAUACUCAGAGGAAGAUCAUUUGGCCUGGAGGAGAGACGGAGAAACCUCGAGGAUACCAGAUGUCAACCAGACUUAAGAUCGUGACGAUCCACCAGGAGCCGUUUGUUUACGUCAAACCCACAAGGAGUGAUGGGACAUGUAAGGAGGAAUUCACCGUCAAUGGCAUUCUCAUCAAGAAAGUCAUCUGUACCGGACCUAACGGAACCAUACCGGGUCAGCCCAUCGUGCCUCAGUGCUGCUAUGGUUUCUGCAUUGACCUGCUCAUCAAACUGGCCAUGAACAUGAACUUCACCUAUGAGGUCCACCUGGUGGCUGAUGGGAAAUUUGGCACGCAGGAGCGUGUGAAUAACAGCAAUAAAAAGGAGUGGAAUGGGAUGAUGGGGGAACUGUUGGGAGGUCUGGCUGACAUGAUUGUUGCUCCCCUCACCAUCAACAAUGAGCGUGCUCAGUACAUCGAGUUCUCCAAGCCCUUCAAGUAUCAGGGGCUCACCAUCCUGGUGAAAAAGGAAAUCCCUCGUAGCACUCUGGACUCAUUUAUGCAGCCGUUUCAGAGUACACUGUGGCUUUUAGUCGGUCUGUCGGUUCACGUGGUGGCAGUGAUGCUGUACCUAUUAGACCGAUUCAGCCCAUUUGGAAGGUUUAAAGUGAACAGUGAAGAAGAAGAAGAAGAUGCCCUCACCCUGUCCUCCGCCAUGUGGUUCUCAUGGGGAGUACUGCUGAAUUCUGGGAUAGGAGAAGGAGCACCCAGGAGUUUCUCGGCGAGGAUUCUGGGUAUGGUGUGGGCGGGCUUUGCCAUGAUCAUUGUGGCAUCAUACACUGCCAACCUGGCAGCCUUCCUGGUGCUGGACCGGCCUGAGGAACGCAUCACUGGCAUCAAUGACCCCAGGCUUCGUAAUCCAUCAGAUAAAUUCAUCUACGCCACAGUGAAGCAGAGUUCAGUGGACAUCUACUUUAGACGGCAGGUGGAGUUGAGCACCAUGUACCGUCACAUGGAGAAACACAACUACGAGAGCGCUGCCGAGGCCAUCCAGGCCGUCAGAGACAACAAACUCCAUGCGUUCAUCUGGGACAGUGCAGUCUUGGAGUUUGAGGCGUCUCAGAAGUGUGACCUGGUGACGACAGGAGAGCUGUUCUUCCGUUCUGGUUUUGGGAUUGGGAUGAGGAAGGAUAGUCCCUGGAAACAGAACGUCUCUCUGGCUAUUCUCAGCUCUCAUGAGAAUGGCUUCAUGGAGGAUCUGGACAAGACAUGGGUUCGAUACCAGGAGUGUGACUCCAGGAGCAACGCUCCCGCUACGCUCACUUUCGAGAACAUGGCAGGUGUGUUCAUGUUGGUUGCCGGUGGAAUCGUUGCUGGUAUCUUCCUCAUAUUCAUCGAGAUUGCAUACAAACGACACAAAGACGCUCGCAGGAAACAGAUGCAGCUUGCCUUUGCUGCCGUCAAUGUGUGGAGGAAAAAUCUCCAGCCGUACCCCACUGACAUCACCGGCCAGCUCAACCUAUCAGAUCCCUCCGUCAGCACCGUGGUCUGA